AUCGACGAGUGAUUUGAUUGUGUCGAGUGUGCCGCCAUCGAGAUGUCGUUACAGAGCGAUUCUCUGUCGCAGGAUGUGAGGCAGAAAGCGAAUACGACGUUGAUGGAACUGGAUAAAGGUCUUCGGUCAAAAAUUGUUGGAGAGCAGUGUGAAAGUAUCUUACGAUUUGAAGGGCUUUUUGACCGGUUUCCCUUUCCUAUUGUCAUAAAUUCGGCUUAUCUCAAGUUAUCAGACGUCUUUCGUGAAGGAACAAACUUUUUGCGACUGUGGGUUUGGAAAGUUACUCAACGUUGUGCAUGUCACCUUGAGAAGAUUAUGAAUGUUGAUGAAGUGGUCAAGCGGCUUUUCUCAGUGACUCAUAGCAAUGAUCCAGUUGCAAGAGCAUUGACUUUGAGAAUGUUUGGCAGUAUGGCGUAUGUUGUUUCUGAGAGAAAGAAUGUUCACCAAUGUGUAUUAUCAAGUCUCAAAACGCACGAUAAAAUUGAACUGGAGGCAGCAGUCUUUGCAACGAGCAAGUUGUGUAAAACAUCAGGGACAUUUGCUGCCAGUGUAUGUGACGAAAUUGCAGAAAUGAUUCAAGGAUUGGCAACACCCGUCCCUGUGAAGCUGAAACUUUUACCAAUCUUCCAGAACAUGUAUCAUAGUGCAGAAACAGCAACUAGGGUUAGGCAGUUGUGUAUCUCGCUUCUUGCUUCUCAUCCAGCUCAGGAUUUUGUACUAAUUGCCUUGGAGACUCUAACUAAACUCGCAGCAGCAGCGUUUUUAGGUACUAUUCCUCAGAUUGAACUUCUUUUGGAUUACAUGAAACGAGAUCCUCGAAUUUUGAUCAAGCGAAAGGCGUUGAGAGACUUGGACAUGUUAGCUCAAAAGUCCCCUCAUCUGUGGAACAAGCAGCAUAUCAUUGAAUUAUGGGAAGCCGUGCAUGAUGCUACAGAUGAUAACUUGCAGGUGUUUGGUUUUAUUGUGAUGAAUACUCUCGCUCAUUCUGUUGCUGUGCUGCAUCUCCAAAAAGAUGAUCAGAUUUGGAGUAGUGUAGACGAAUUGUGCUAUCAUACGAAUCCUUCUAUUGCAUCUCUGUCGUGUGGAAUCUUCUGCUGUUUGUCAACAAAUGAAACAAAUGAUAAUCAACGUGAUGAAUUGGCUUCAGCAUUACAGUCAGCAUUGCUGCUAUGUGCCACUUCACCUGUUCUGGAUAGCAGAUUGAAGCCCCUGAAGUUAGUUCUCUCGUCUAUAGUCAAAGUGGCUAGGAUGUGGCCUGAUCUUACUGCUCAGUUUUCACAACUUUUGGCUGAUGUAUUGACAUCAUGCAAACUUGAUAUUAAUCUUCUUAUUGUCCGUUGUCUCAAUGUACUGAGUGGAAUUAACUGUGAGGGAGUGAGAAAGAGUCUACCAGUAGUUGAUCUCACCAAAGUUGUUGAGACAGCUCAAAAAACUGGAGCAGAAAACACAAGUGAAAUCAUGGUGUUAGUUGUUGCCCUAUUGUUGAGAAUGAACCAGAUGGAGUACCAGUCGCAGGCAAAAUUUACCGAAUCUCUUCAAGCUUGGUUUGAUAGCCAAAUUGUUGCUGUGAAUGCAUGGGGUGCUUACAGACUUGCACGAGAGGCUGCACAACAGGGAUACCAUGAGUUAGCCACUCACAUCUUUAACAAGCUUACAAACAAGGUGGCAUCUGUACGAUUUAUCUACUGGCUGCGCGGUAUCACCAGAGUCUGCACGGCUGAGAACAUGCUGUUAAAACCCACUACACUUCAAUGUCUAAAGAAAGUCUUACCAGAAGCUAUUGGAGCCAUUUAUGAAGGAGUAACAGAAAUUAAAGCAUCAUCAUCUUCAAUCAAGCAGAUGGUUUUCCAGUCGAGAUACUGCAGUUUGAGGGGAGAUCUAUUAAGAGCUCAUGACCAACUGCUUGCUUCUUGCACAAGUUUGUUCACAUGCCCUCCACCAGCAAUAGCAGCAACGGGAGAUAAAUCUGACUUCUCACAUCAGAUGGAAGUCUGUGUUGAAACGUUUCAACGUGUUGCGUCUGAUUACCAAACUCUUUGUGAGUCGCUGUUUGAUGCCGAUUCCAAUACACUCAACAACGUUUUGUCGCUUCAACACAGCUGUUCACUGAUGGCUCAACUCAUUGAGUUGGUUAUACUGAGGGAAGUGCCACUGAUGAGUCCUAGUCUUUUUGGAGUGUCCUCCUCCGGAUUUGAUGACAAAACGGAAGAGAUUCAUGAUUUGAAAGUCGAUAACAUGUUACUGAAGCGUUGUCAUCAAGUAGCAAAGAAAAUUCAGUUGGAGCUGCCGGCCCUUCAGGCUUCCUCAGUUGGAUCCAAACAUGUGAAGAUGCUGUCACAAGCUUCUCGUAGUCUGAUUCAAGUUCCUUUCUGUCUUCCUCCAUAUUUUUUCCAGAGUCCACAAUCAACUCAAAUAAUGCUUGCACUCUCACCGACUUCUGCUAAUGUGGGAGAGCCUGUUAUCGUAGCUCACAAUCACGAUUGUCUCACUCUCAAUGUUGAAGGAUUUCUACGUCAUAAAGGCACAGCUGGUCAUUACAGGCAUGUCAAAUCAGUCCAUCUUGUUGUUCAAACAAAAGCUAGAGACAACACACCAAGAUCAUCUACAUCAGUAUUAUUAGACAAGCCACACAUGUCACCUGUAUCACCGCCAUUGGAAAAAGUUGUGCACCCAAGCAACGACUUCUUUACUACAUCAUUCCUCAUUGCUAUGCCCCAUUAUGGGCGCUAUGAUGUGACCGUGAAAGUCAGUGUCAUCGAUGAUGAAGGCAGGCAGUGGAAGACUGGUCCUUGGGAGAGUCUCUUGAUACACAAAGAAACUCCAGUGCCCGGUACUCUAUCGAAAGUAAGACGAACGUGAGACUUGGUGCGACUAAAAUUUGAGGCAAUCUACAUGUUGUACACAACAUGGUCUCUGAUGCACUUGUGUAUGGUACAAGUAUUAUGUUAUUUAAUUAAAGGUGUAAUUCUUUGAAUACUUGUUUCUGGCUUAAAGCAUGAUGACACAAGAUUCACCAGAUAACACUGAUUACACUUAUUGAAUGCUUCAUGGUGACACUCACUGGACUAGCUUUGUAUGAAGACUAACUGUAGUAGCAAUCAAUCAGUCUGAUAUAGA